AUGCUCUUCAUUUUCGCCUCCAAGCUCGCCUCCCUCUGCGACACCCCGAAUGAUGUCGUCUACUUACUAGCUCCCCGGCGAAGAUCUCGACGCCUUCAUCUCUGUCAUCAACGACGAGGACCUCAACCACAUGAUGAUCAACUUCGGCUCCAACGAGACCAAGUCGGAGCACCAGUAGUUUGUGGAUGCUCUGAAUUUGGUCAAAUCGAUUCUCCCGAUGGUUCUUCUCCAACGGCUUCGAUCACAGUGUCACCGACGAACCCCAAUCGGAUCUUGUCGGUAUGGGUGGUGGUUGUGGUGGGGUGCGUGGUUGAGGUUAAACAAGGUCAGGAGGUGGUUAGGGUUGCUGCAGGGGAAUGUGGUGGCUAA